UUCGCCGCUGCAGGCUCGGGACUGGCCGCCGGCUGUCCACACUUACGCACCCCUGCCAUGGCGAAGGAAGCGUCAACUCCGCCGUCCCCCCUGAAAGGCGGGCGCCCUCCGGCAGUCAAAUCUGGAGGUAGGAGAGUUUCCAAAAAGCAAGAAAAUGGAGCUGUUGAGAAAAAUUCCAAGAACCUUGGAAAAGAGAAGACAAGCUCAAUUGUUAGUGUUACAAAAAUGCAAAAUAUGGGUGUCUUACUAGCUGAUACACUGGAGAAAAUCAGCCACAAAUUUCCUGCAGCAGCACAGAUGGCUCAUCAAAAGCCACGACCAGCCCUGCAGAAGAGUAUAUGGCCCAAAAGAAUUUACAUUAUCCAACAACCUCGGAAAUGUUAAGAUAUAAAGCAAAUAGUUAUGUCUGCUUGACAGUGAGCUAGUCUAACCACAAUCUACUAUUAAAUCCUAUUUGCAAAAGGACAAAAACAUUAGGAAAUAGUUUGCUGGCUGAACUGUAUUGUAUUUUUCUUUCAUUUCUGGCAAUAAAACACUUUAAGUGUA